UUAAAUACAGGAGCGGAUAUAGGAACUGGUCUCUCUCUCUAGACUUAUACUCUCUUUCUCUCUCUAAACCUUGUCAACUGCUUUCCUUUCCUUCCCUUCCCUACCCCAAGCAAAGCAUAUCUUCCUUCCUCUCUCCCCUUCCGAAUCCCCAUUUCUCUCUCUCUAAAUUCCAUCUCUAUCUCACUGCAAAUUCCACCUUUUUAUCUCUCUAAAAACCCCUCUCCACCUCUCUCUAACUUCAUCAAUUAGACGCGAUGGAUGAAGAGUAUGACGUCAUAGUGCUCGGAACUGGCCUCAAGGAAUGCAUUCUCAGUGGUCUUCUCUCUGUAGAUCGACUCAAGGUAUUGCACAUGGAUAGAAAUGAAUAUUACGGAGGAGAAUCCACCUCAUUAAAUCUCAAUCAGCUUUGGAAAAGGUUUAGGGGGGAUGAGAAGCCUCCUGUACAUUUGGGCCCCAGCAGGGAUUACAAUGUUGACAUGAUCCCUAAGUUCAUGAUGGCAAAUGGUACUCUUGUUCGUGUUCUCAUCCACACAGAAGUUACAAAAUAUCUCUCCUUUAAGGCUGUUGAUGGUAGCUAUGUCUUCAAUAAAGGAAAGAUUCACAAGGUUCCAGCCAAUGACUUGGAGGCAUUGAAAUCCCCUUUGAUGGGGAUAUUUGAGAAGCGUCGUGCUCGUAAGUUCUUCAUGUAUGUACAAGACUAUGAGGAGACUGACCCAAAAACACAUGAUGGGAUGAACCUUACCAGAGUAACAACAAGAGAACUUAUUGCGAAGUUUGGCCUUGAUGACAACACAGUGGAUGUUAUUGGCCAUGCUUUGGCACUCCAUAGAGAUGACUACUAUUUAGAUCAACCUGCUCUGGAUACUGUAAAGCGAAUGAAGUUGUAUUCAGAGUCUAUAGCCCGCUUCCAAGGAGGUUCACCGUACAUUUAUCCACUUUAUGGCUUGGGAGAACUUCCACAGGCAUUUGCACGUCUCAGUGCCGUCUAUGGGGGAACUUAUAUGCUUAACAAACCUGAGUGCAAGGUGGAGUUCAAUGAAGAAGGUAAAGUAUCUGGGGUGACAUCAGAAGGAGAAACAGCUCGGUGCAAAAAAGUAGUCUGUGAUCCUUCCUACUUGCCCAAUAAGGUGAGAAAAAUUGGAAAAGUUGCGAGAGCUAUUUGCAUUAUGAGCCAUCCCAUUCCAAACACGAAUGACUCCCACUCGGUGCAAAUUAUUUUGCCUCAGAAGCAGCUGGGACGCAAAUCGGACAUGUAUCUCUUUUGUUGCUCUUAUUCACACAUGGUUGCUCCUAAAGGGAAAUUCAUUGCAUUUGUUGCGGCAGAUGCGGAGACUAACAAACCUGAAAUUGAACUAAAACCAGGGAUUGAUCUUUUGGGACCAGUUGAUGAGAUAUUCUUUGAUGUUUAUGAUAGAUAUGAGCCUGUCAACGAACCUUCUCUUGACAAUUGCUUCAUAUCGACUAGUUAUGAUGCAACUACACACUUUGAAUCAACUGUGCAAGACGUGCUCUCUAUGUAUACUAUGAUAACUGGAAAGGUGCUCGACUUAAGCGUGGAUCUGAGCGCCGCAAGUGCUGCCGAGGAAUGAUACCGACCACUGAGAAACAUGAUUUGGUUUGCUGUUUGGUUUGAUCUUUAUUUGAGGUCUGUAUUUUGUUAAGGAUUGUCCAUUUGCUUUGUAGUGUCCUUGUUAUAGUUCUUGUGUAAUUUGCUGACUCCAUGACUUACCCCACAUGCUAUCUAAGAAAUGGUAAGCAUUAGUUACCCAAUCCACCAACCAUAUUGAAUGUUCAUCUAUUCGUAUCUCGUGUGCGGUUUUUUCCUUUUUGGAGGCUCUAGAAAUGUUUGGAAACAUCUGCAACAACCCCAUAUAAGGGAUUGUCUACAAUGACACCAUUACCUUUACUAUAACUACACAAAGGUCACAAACACCUGAAGUUGUGAAAUGAAAAUUGGACUGCUGGUUGUGCCAUCGCAUUGUACAAACACUGCAAAAGGGAAAACAACUUCAGACUUUGAGGGUAGUCAAGGAUAUACCUUUAACUGCUCAAUUUUACA